AUGUCUAUCAAGGAAAUCAAUCCACCAAUCCAAGUUUCUGGUUAUGCAGUAGCAGAAAAGGAAGAAGGAAAGGAAUUCUCCUUUCGCCCAAUCAAGCAACAAGUGAAAAGUUUGGGUCCUUUGGAGGUUUUUGUCGAAGUAAUUGCCAGUAGUAUUUGUUAUACAGAUAUUCACUCAUUGCAUAAUGUUGGUUGCAUUCCUGGUCAUGAAAUUGUUGGAAUUGUUCGUCAUGUUGGUGAGCAAGUCGAGAAGGAAACAAAGAUUAAGGUAUCAGAUCGUGUUGGAAUGGGAUGGCACUACACUUCAUGUUUCGAAUGUCCAACUUGUAAGAAUCAUUUCGAAAAUUUGUGUGACAAGACCUUACCUUUCGAUAAGGCACCAAUUGGAGGAGGUUUUCAAACAGGUGUUGUUUGGGAUGCUAGAUUUGUUUUUCCAAUUCCAGACAAGUUGAAAUCUGUCGAUGCCAGUCCAUUGUUGUGUGCUGGAGCCACAGUUUACUCACCAUUAUACUACUAUCGUGAAAGUCCUUAUUCGAAACGAAAUGAAUUUGUAGUAGCAGUAUUGGGAUUGGGAGGAUUAGGUCAUUUAGCUCUCCAAUUUGCUAAAAAGAUGGGAUUCCAUGUUGUAGCCCUUUCCACAAAUGCAAAUAAGGAGAAGGAAUGCAGAUCCUUUGGAGCUGAUGAAUUCUUUGUCCACACAGAAGAAAAUGAUGCAAAAUCUCUUUCAUGCAAAUUUGACAUGAUUCUCAAUACUGUUAGCACUGAUAUUGAUAAUGAUAAGUUUAUCCAAAUGUUGAAACCAUUCGGAAAGAUGGUCAUGUUAGGACUUCCUGAUUCUGGCAUAUAUAAAGCAUCAGCUUUUCCUCUCAUCCUCAAAGAUCGUGCAAUUGUUGGUUCAGCAAGUGCCACUCCCGAUUUGAUGAAGGAAAUGUUGCAAUUUGCUGCUGAUCACAAUAUUAAGCCACAAAUUGAAUUAACUACUCUUGAUAAUGUAACUCAAGCCGUUGAAAAGGUUCUCAAGAAUCAAGCUCGUUACAGAGUGGUAAUGGCUGUGAAUCAAGCCUUGAUUGACAAGGAAAAUUAA